AGCGUUUGUUACAGCUUGAAAGUGAAACUUCAAAGUGGUGUGACACAAUGUUAAAAAUACAGAUGAUAAUUACAAAAUUUAAAAGUGAUGACAGUAUAGGACAAAUACUGAUAGAAUAUAAAGACACAAAUGAUAGUGUCAAAUUAGAUGCUUUACGUAAAUUAGUUGUUCAAUAUCUGUCACAUGUUGAUGAAAUUCCAGCACAGAAUCUAAAAUUGUGUGAAGAAGUUUUAAAUAGACCGGACUCAGAAUUGGAGAAUGACCAUUGUCAGGCCUGCUUCAAGCUGUUGUACAACCAGAAGAAAUUGCAUCAGUUUGUUAACAUACGCAGGCAAGCUGAUUCAGAUGAAUGA